UGUGAAUUUAAAAAUAAAAAUCACGAUAAAUUAUCUGUAAACUUUAGUGUCAUAAUCACAGUCUUGUGUACUGUCAAUUGUCAAUAAUAUGUUCGAUGUUUUGGUAUUUUAAAUAAAGGCUAAUUUAUAAAAUAACCUUGUAUUGUGUAGCUCACAUAAACCCUUAGCAAACAAAAACAAUUUUGAGACAAUGUCAGAGUCGUCGAAAUCAAAAUCGUCAUUGAAUUUAAACCCGUCGCCGACAUUACAAUGCAAAGACCUACAUGAAUAUCUAAAAAGUAGAACUCCACAAUUCCUAGAGACAUUAUACAAUUACCCCACAAUAUGUUUGGCUGUUUACAGGGAACUACCGGAGUUGGCGCGGCACUUCGUCAUUCGGCUACUGUUCGUUGAGCAGCCUGUGCCCCAGGCUGUAGUCACGUCUUGGGUGUCACAGACUUUUGCCAAGGAACAAUCCAAAGCAUGUGAGGCUCUAUCAGAGUUAUCAGUCUGGCAGGAAGCUCCAAUACCUGGUGGAAUGCCAGGGUGGAUGUUGGCACAGUCCUUCAAAAAGAAUUUAAAGGUUGCAUUGCUUGGUGGUGGUCGGCCAUGGAGCAUGUCGUCAUCUCUAGAACCCGACGGGAAGGCGCGAGACGUCGCGUUCCUGGACUCGUAUGCGCUGGAGCGUUGGGAGUGUGUGCUACACUACAUGGUGGGCAGUGCGCAGACCGAAGGUAUCAGUGCUGAUGCUGUGCGGAUACUACUACAUGCUGGACUGAUGACCAGGGAUGCUGAGGAUGGUUCGGCAGUGAUAACGCGAGCGGGUUUCCAGUUCCUACUACUUAGCACUGCCAAACAGGUGUGGUUGUUCCUUCAGCACUAUCUCCACACGGCUGAGAAGCGAAGUCUCAGUGCGGCCGAGUGCCUCGCGUUUCUGUAUCAACUUAGCUUUAGUACACUUGGCAAGGACUACAGCACAGAAGGCAUGAGCAACAAUAUGCUCGUAUUUCUGCAGCAUCUAAGAGAGUUUGGACUUGUUUAUCAAAGAAAACGUAAAGCUGGUCGUUUCUACCCCACGCGGUUGGCGCUGAACAUUGCGUGUGCGCACGACAGCGUCAUCCCUGCGCCGGUCCCCGCCGCCGGACAGCCGCAACAACAGGGAUACAUCAUAGUGGAGACAAACUACAGGGUGUAUGCGUACACGCAAACCAAUCUUCAGGUCGCAUUGCUUGGGUUGUUCACUGAGCUUUUGUACAGGUUCCCAAACUUGGUAGUGGGCGUGCUGACGCGAGAGUCGGUGCGACAGGCUCUGCGCGGCGGCAUCACGGCGCAGCAGAUCAUACGGUACUUAGAACAGCACUCGCAUAUGCAGAUGUUAAAAUCGGAGACGGGCGGGAUAAGGUCGUCGUCAGUGCUGCCCCCUACAGUUGUGGAUCAGAUCAAGUUGUGGGAGAGCGAGCGGAAUAGAUUUACUUAUACUGAAGGAGUCGUCUACAAUCAGUUCCUAUCUCAGGCGGACUUCGUGGUACUACGCGACUACGCCAAACAGCAAGGAGUAUUAACAUGGCAGAACGAACGUAGUCGUACUAUGGUGGUCACACGGGCGGGGCACGAUGACGUCAAGAAGUUCUGGAAGCGUUACUCUAAAACGUCAUAGUCGCACCGAUACGACUAGGCCUGGUAGUCCUAGUCGUUUGUGACUAGGUUAAGAAGUCUGAGUAGUCGCCAGCAGUUGAAUGUGACGUCAAAAAUGCACUAAACGGUUUCCUAAGAUACGACUAGCUUUGGAAGUAGUCGAAUCUUUGACUAGGUUAAGAAGUGUAUUUAUGCUGACAGUGAUCUCCAGGUUCCGACUAACAAUGCGUGUUGUAAGAUGAGACUAUAUUGACCAUUGACUAAUAAGGACCUUAUUGAUGCAACACUGCUGUACUAUUAGUUACUCUAAGCAGUGUACAAUAAGAAUCAAUUUACCUAAAAGCCGCUAUAGUGAAUCAUCGAGAAAGUACACUGCUUGUAUGAUAAUGUGUAUGAAUUUAGCGUAAAAAGUUCUCGUGUUCUGUAAAUAUACGUUUUAUAAGGUUUAAA